CACCCCCCCAGCCCCCCGCCUUUCCCCCUCUUUCUGGGUAUCCCUGUUUGGGGGGCUCUGAGCAGUUUUCAAACGACCACCAUCACCUCUCCCAACCCCCUCCGCAUCCCCGCCGCCACCUCCACCUCCCAGGUUCCUCGCCCCUUUCGACAGUGUUUUUUCAAGGCUGAUCGGGGGUGGGGGGUUAGAGAGAAAGAGCGAAGAAAAGUUGCAAACGGCUCCGCGCGUCCCGAGCCUCCCGCCCCCCCCCCGCCCCUCCGAGCAGGAGAAGAUAAUAUAGCGAAAAGAAGAGGAGAAGGAGAGCGCGACGGGACGGACGCGAGCGGGAGCGCAGCCGCCCUCCCGGCUCCGUCGCGGCGCCUCGCGGGUCCGGGAGGCGAGGGGGCCCCGCGGGGAGACGCCGUGACGACUUUCGUUCCCCCCCCCAGGGAGCCGGGAGGUCGGCGGCCCCGAAACUCGCCUUUGGCGUAAGCCGCGCGGCCACCGGGGUGGUGACGGGGUUGCUUUCUUCAGUCAACUCGCUCUUCCUCCUGGGACCCCUGAGGCCCGGUGUUGGGGGCCCGGCCCGGUGCGCCAGUGACUUCUUUAUUUACACCAGUCGUAAAACGUGAGAAAGGAAAAAGCCCAGGGAGACGACCGAAGGUCUGUGUUACCAUGUGUAGCUUCACGGAAUGAAACACAGGGGAGGAAGAUAUUGGUGCAAAACUGAAGUUUUCAGGUGCUGCUGGGUUUAGUUCCUUAAAACGACAACAGCAGCAACCCGGUAAUUAACUCGAGAAAAUACAAGUAGAUCUUAAAAUGAAUGGAUCCUGCAAAAUCCUAAGGAAGUGUAUCAAACGUCAGCUGCAGAGAUCCUAAAUCAAGUCCUGGGUGCCUGAAAUCGUUUGGAGAAAGCACACCUCCAACCAGCCUGUGAUGAAUAAAGUGGAGAGGAAAAACCUGUUACAUAAUCUCAUUUGCCCUGGGGCUUGCAGUGCCGUCCCCUUGAAUCAGGGGGAAGUGAGUUAAGAUGCAGGGUUUUUAAACCUCUCUGAAGUUUUUAUUUACCCAGUGCUCUGGCUGCCACUUCUGCUUUAAAAGAUUGUAAGUAAAUACUCUGCUCUUACGAGGGAACCAAACCUAUCAAACCUGUUUAGAAAAUGACCAGGACAUGAAUUACCCAUUUCACAGAUGAGGAAACUAAGACCUUAGAGAGACUAAUUUAUCCAAAUCCCAAAGCAAGUAAGAAGUGGCAGCGGACCUGGAGCCGAGACCUUCUGACUCAUUCUCAGGCUUCUCAGCCCCGUGUAAAGCCGUUGGAGCGAGGGAACCGAGGUAAAGAAUGAUGUAAUGCACUGGCUGCCCCAAAGCAUCUUUUGUUGGAAUGGUUAUUCCAGUCAUCUCUUUAUGAAUCAAAUGUGAGGGGCUGCUUUGUGGCGGGAGGCCUCCGCGAGAGCACGUCAACGGGAAGGAGAAAGAGACGUUCACUUGGAGGGCUCUUGCUGGAAAUGGGUUUAACUCUCCUCUUGCCAGUUGCCACCGGCCUGACCUCAUACAUUUCAGUACAAUGGAGUGGCUGAGCCUCUGAGCUCACCGCCGUUACAUCAUCGUGGCAAGUUAACGGAGGAGGUGGGAAAAGAGGACUUAUUGUUGUCAUGGCCCAUGAGAUGAUUGGAACUCAAAUUGUUACUGAGAGGUUGGUGGCUCUGCUGGAAAGUGGAACGGAAAAAGUGCUGCUAAUUGAUAGCCGGCCAUUUGUGGAAUACAAUACGUCCCACAUUUUGGAAGCCAUUAAUAUCAACUGCUCCAAGCUUAUGAAGCGAAGGUUGCAGCAGGACAAAGUGUUAAUUACAGAGCUCAUCCAGCACUCAGCCAAACAUAAGGUCGACAUUGACUGCAGUCAGAAGGUUGUAGUUUACGAUCAGAGCUCCCAAGAUGUGGCCUCUCUGGCCUCAGACUGUUUUCUCACUGUACUCCUGGGUAAACUGGAGAAGAGCUUCAGCUCUGUUCACCUGCUUGCAGGUGGGUUUGCCGAGUUCUCCCGCUGUUUCCCUGGCCUCUGUGAAGGAAAGUCCACCCUAGUCCCCACCUGCAUUUCUCAGCCUUGCUUACCUGUUGCCAACAUCGGGCCAACCCGAAUUCUGCCCAAUCUCUAUCUUGGCUGCCAGCGCGAUGUCCUCAACAAGGAGCUGAUGCAGCAGAAUGGGAUCGGUUAUGUGUUAAAUGCCAGCAACACCUGUCCCAAGCCGGACUUUAUCCCUGAAUCUCAUUUCCUGCGGGUGCCUGUGAAUGAUAGCUUUUGUGAGAAAAUUUUGCCGUGGUUGGACAAAUCAGUAGAUUUCAUUGAGAAAGCGAAAGCCUCCAACGGGUGUGUCCUGGUGCACUGCUUGGCAGGGAUCUCGCGCUCCGCCACCAUCGCCAUCGCCUACAUCAUGAAGAGGAUGGACAUGUCCUUGGAUGAAGCUUACAGAUUUGUGAAAGAAAAAAGACCUACGAUAUCUCCGAACUUCAAUUUUCUGGGCCAGCUGCUGGACUACGAGAAGAGGAUUAAGAGCCAGACGGGAGCGGCGGGGCCCAAGAGCAAACUGAAGCUGCUGCACCUGGAGAAGCCGAGCGAGCCCGUCCCCGUCGUCGCCGCCGCCGCCGCCGCGGAGGGCGGGCAGGGAGGCCAGCCGCCCCUCGGGCCGCCCCGCGCCCGCCCCGCCGCCGCUCCCCCGGAGGCGGCGGGGCCCCGGCCGGUGCCCCCCGCUGGCGCGCCCGGCGCCCAGCCCUCGCCGCCCGACGACGGCCCCCUGGUCCAGGCGCUCAACGGGCUCCACCUGCCCGCGGACCGGCGGGAGGACAGCGGCCGCCUCAAGCGCUCCUUCUCCCUGGACAUCAAGGCGGUGUCGCCGUCGGCCGGCGCGGCCGCGCCCCUGCGCGGUCUCUGCUCCCCGGAGGCGGCCCCGGAGCCCUACAAGCCCUCCUCCGGCCUGGAGGGCGCCGGCAAGCCGUGCCAGUUCUCCCCGGUGCGGGAGGUGUCGGAGCAGACGCCCGAGGCCAGCCCCGAGCGGGAGGAGGCCGGCCCCCCGCGGGCCCCCCAGCCGCCUAGGGCCCCCGAGGGCCCGGGCGCGCGGCCCCGCGCGGGGAGGCCGCUCCUGUCUCCCCUGCCCCGCAGCGGCAGCGUGGAGGACCACGGCCAGCCCCGCUUCCUCUUCGGCCUCUCGGCCAGCCAGCAGCACCUGGCCCCGGCCGCCGCCGGGCUGGGCCUCGAGGGCUGGCACUCGGACCUCCUGGCCCCCCAGACCUCCGCCCCCUCCUUGGCCAAGAGCUGGUAUUUCGCCCCCGAGCCCCCCCACUUCUACUCGGCCUCGGCCGUGUACGGAGGCCACGCCGGGCCCCCCGCCUUCAGCUGCGGCCAGCUGCCCGCCUGCGGCGGCGACCCAGGCCACUCCGUGCGCCGGCGGCGGAAGCCCAGCGACAGGGCCGACUCCCGGCGCAGCUGGCACGAGGAGAGCCCCUUCGAGAAGCAGUUCAAACGCAGGAGCUGCCAGAUGGAGUUUGGCGAGAGCAUCAUGUCCGAAAACCGGUCGCGGGAGGAACUGGGGAAGGUGGGCAGCCAGUCGAGCUUUUCAGGCAGCAUGGAAAUCAUCGAGGUCUCCUGAGAAGAAGGACACUUGUGACUUCUAUGGACAGCUUUUCUUCUUGUUCACAAAAAGAUAUUCCCUGUAAAUCUGAAAUAUAUAUAUGUACAUACAUAUAUAUUUUUGGAAAAUGGAGCCAUGGUGUAAAAGCAAAACAUGGAUCCACACCGUUGUUCUCUUUGAAUAUCUGCAUUUGAGAGAGCAGCUAGUAUUUCUCUCAACACAAGUGGAAGGGCGGAGGCUAGCUUUCCCCCCAGGCACGUGAGACACUUCUAUGCAGUGGACUGCACUUCCUCGCGUUCUUACUGAAUCGAGUUCUAUUUGGUGUCAGAGGACAGGAGCGCCCACCACUUUCUUGUCAUGCUACAAAGAGAUCUCAAAGACUAGUCCUGUCCGGUCCCUUCCACAGUGCACCUUAGCGCUGACACUGAGCCAGCCUGUGGGUCGGGCGGGGAGAACCCAUUAGGAACAGAACCUAAUGGUAAAUCCAAGAGAAAUGACCACAUCCAAAGCUGAUUCACGAACCCAAGCGCACCUGACAGCCGAGCGAUGAGGCCAUCGUUCUGCUGACCGUUAGGGGCCUUGCCAAGAUCUACUAUAGAGCAACCCCAGUACCUC